CAUCGUCCGGGUCUUCUCAUGUGUCCGCAGAGGGACAGGUGCCGGCAAACCGGCUUCUGCCCUUUGACCCUGACUCGUCCUUGACACAGCGCGUGGUUCCCGGAUAUUCCUGGAGGAACGGAGCCGGCGCCGGGCGAUGGCCAAAUACUUGGUUCAGAUCAUCAUCGUUGGAGCCCAAGUGGUGGGGAGAGCAUUUGCCCGGGCAGUGAGGCAGGAAAUGGCUGCAAGUAAAGCUGCAGCAGAAGCUCGUGGCCAAGCUGGUCAGCAGUCAGCAGCAGCCACCAACAUCACUGGAAUGUCACUGCAGGAAGCACGGCAGAUUCUCAAUGUGACCACGCUCAAUACAAAGGAGAUCCAACAGAACUAUGAGCAUUUAUUCAAAGUCAAUGACAAGUCAGUGGGUGGAUCGUUCUAUUUGCAGUCCAAGGUGGUGAGGGCAAAGGAACGACUCGAUGAGGAACUAAAAAUUGAAGAAAUGGACCAAGCAAGAAAGGAACAAAAAAAACAGCCUGAGACAUGACUCUCAGAAAACCUCAGUUUCACAUUUUGUUUAAUUGUUUACUCAUACCAUAAACUACAUGAAAAUCGAACAUUGGCAGUCCUUGUUUGAAUGGGGACAGGAACCAGCUUUGGUAUUAACAAUGGAUCCAAGGACUGGGAUGGGUACCAGCUCUGGAUUGAAGUAACUGAGCCAGAUAGCAGCUGUGAGAAUGUAUCAGCACUUAAAUACCAGUUUCCAUUGGUAUUAGCCAAACCCUGAACUAGUUGUGAAUCAUGUACUUAGGGUUUUGUGCAGAAGAAAUAAUUUAAUACAGCAGUGGUGCUGAUGGACGGAGGUUGCCCAUCGUGAGCUACACACAACUGCUUUACAUUGAACAUGCAGGUCCAAUUAAAUUUUUCUUGUGGGUUAUAACAAAGAAAUGGAACUUGCCUUGGUCUUCAGUCACUUUCUGUUUGAAUGUCAAAUAAUGCAACUGGAUACUUGGUUUGAAUUUAUAUAGAAAGAACAGUCAGCUCUAAACUUUCCUCACAUCUUGACCUCCUGAAACACUGAAGAGACUCAUUGCAGCUGGAAACAUGGUGAAAAUUAAUUAUUUUUAAUUUUAAAAAAAUUCUGUAAUAUCAUUUUGAAAAUGCCUUGUAUCUGAUUGUAAAUAAAAAUGUAUUUACAGUAAUUUGAUCCUAGCUUCAGGAGAAUACAGUAACUGCCUAAAGUAUUCAUGGAGCAUUAUAAAAGUUUCAUUAGGUUAACAAUAUGCAGCAUUCUCCACACAAGAAUGGAUCAAGCGACAAAGGUACAGUUAUAAUAGUCCCAGAUGUAGCCACCACAUUUUUUUCACAGUUAACAUGGUGUGAAGCUGGAUGAACACAGCAUAUUUUUUUCUGAACAACAGUCCCGACCCAAAACGUCAAGCUUUCCUGCUACUGUAAUGCUGCUUGGCCUGCUGUGUUCAUCCAGCUUCACGCGUGUUAACUCAGAUUCUCCAGCACCAGCAGUUAAUAAAUUAUAUGAAAAAUGAAAUUAAUUAAUUCAUUGAGUUUAGCUUUGGUAUAGCUACCAAAUUUUGGGAAUUAUCGCUUAUGACCGCUUCCUCUAGACCUAAAGCUUGCAAUAUCUCUGCGUUCAUCCAAUUCUGGUAUAUUGCAUAUCACCAAUUGUCAUAACUUCCACCAUCGUCUUGAAGUGCUUGUGCCUAAGUUCUGAAAUUCUUUCCCUAAACAUCACUGUCUCUCACUCUUAAAUGAUUCAUUAAAGCUUAUCUUUGACUAAGCAUUUGGUCACUUAGUAUCUUGUAGUUUAGUGUCAAAUUUUGUUUGCUAAUGCUCUUCUGAAUCAUAUUGGGAUGUUUUAUUGCCUUAAAAAGUAAAA